GUUCCCCGGUGUUCCCGGUUGUGUAAUAGUAGUCUAGCGGCUAUGUGACAGGGUGUCCGAGCGGAGACAGGAGCUUCAUCAUGAGGGAAAAGAGGAGCAAGCGACGGAGAGCGGGGAGGAGAGACGAGGCGGCCGGCACGAUGCUGUCAUCGGCAGCAGAUGACUUUGGAGUGGAUAGCGGCAUUUCACCAAAGGCCGGUACAAGUAAACUGCAAAGCCAGGGAACUCAGGCUGAUGCAUCUCCUGACUCUAAGUGCCCCAUAUGCUUGGACCGCUUUGAUAAUGUUUCCCACCUUGACCGUUGUCUGCACAGAUUUUGCUUUCGCUGCAUCCAAGAAUGGGCAAAGAACAAAGCUGAAUGUCCACUAUGCAAGCAGCCGUUCAAUUCUAUUUUUCAUAGUGUCCGUGCAGAAAACGACUUUAAAGAGUAUGUCUUGAGGCCCACGUUAAAUGGCUCCUUUGGGAGCCCUGAUGGACAUAGGUUUAGAUAUCGCACCACUAUGACACGAGACAAUUAUUUAUCCCUGCGAACCUUAAGGUCCUCUUCCCGAAGAACAUUUUCACCACCAGACAAUGGUGUUCUUUUUGAGGGGAUUUCAAAUGCGUCAUCACAACAGAGAGGUAGUGAUAUUCAUCAGAUGAUGCGAAGGCUGGCUGCCAGGCGGCAAGCCAGUGCAGAGGGACGGACUAUGAGACAGAUUCAAGAGCAGGAGCUCAUAAACUUCAGGAGAGCGCUAUAUCGUGCUGGAUUACGUGUCCGCAACAUCCAGGAUGGGGGCCGAUACCGUGAUAUUUCUGCAGAAUUUUUUCGUAGAAAUCCUGCAUGCCUUCAUCGGUUAGUGCCCUGGCUGAAACGGGAGUUGACUGUACUUUUUGGCACCCAUGGCUCUCUUGUGAACAUUGUACAACACAUCAUUAUGAGGAAUGUGACAUUGUAUGACAUGGAAAGUCAGGCUUUUGUAGAGGAUUUGCAGCCUUUCCUUCUUCAUCGUACUGAUCAUUUCAUUCAUGAAUUCAUCAACUUUGCUCGUUGUCCUUACAAUAUUGAAGCUUAUGAUCAACAUGCCAACUAUGAUUGUCCUGCUCCUUCCUAUGAGGAAGGAAGCCGAUCAGAGUCCUCUGUUAUUACAAUAUCGCCUGAUGAGGUGAAUACUAGAGAGCCAGAUGUGCCUUCAUCUUCUCUUGAUGUCGGACAGGCUCCUUGGGAUGAUGAAACACCAGGACCUUCUUACACCACUGUGGAUCAGACAGCAUCUUGGACACCAAACAUGUCAGAUGAACAACCAUCAAGUAGUGCACAAACCCCCGGUGAUGCCAAAACUGCCACUGAUGAUGUGCGGGAGCAGCCUGCCGCAGAUGACUGUGUCAUAGUGGGCUUUGUUAAACCUCUGGCUGAAAGAACCCCAGAACUUGUUGAACUGUCUUCAGAUUCAGAAGGGUCCCUUUGUGAAGUAAAGAUUGAGCAGGCUAGUAAGCCUCAAGUCAAGCCAUUUACUUUAAUUGACAGUAGUGGGUCAAGUAUGUCUCCUUUGUCAUCACACUCAAGUGAUAAGGAUACAUGGAAAUUUAGUCAUAAGUGUAAUACAUCAAGCGAAAAAUCCCACUCCAAAAAAAAGAAAGAACACAAGCCAAAGGAGGACUGUUCUAGAAAUGUCCAUGGAUCUAAAAAAGAGAAAGGCCGUUCAUACAACAAUGAAUCUUCAAAACAUAGGGCAAGGUCUCAAAGCUCAGACUGUUAUUCCCAGUCAUCUCGCAAUAGGGCAUAUGAGAGCCACAGCAGAAAGCACCGUAAAAACAGCCCAAGAAAUAAAAUAUCUCUAGAUAAGAGCCGGCACAAAAGCUGGAGAGAAAAAAGGAGGUCAAGGUCUAGAGAUAGGAGUUCAUCAUGGAGAAGUCAGACUGUGUCAUUGACUAGUGAAAGCUCCAGAGAGAGGGGAGGUUCACGCUCUACAAGUAGAAAUCUUAGCAGAGGACGAUCACGGAGCCAUGAUAGUGACAAUGACUAUGCCGCAGACAACUAUCGAAGCACUUAUCAAUGGGAGUACACUUACUACAGUAGAAACCGGGACAGAGCUGGCUAUGAGCAGUCUGUUAGGAAACAUGCGCGUGGUAAAGGUCACUAUUCCAGACCUUCUUCAAGUCCAGAGUACCGUGUGCAAUCUUUCUCUGCAAGAAAAGAUUUGAAAAGGAAAAAGAGCACCACUUCUUCCAAACAGCAUCGCCGUGACAGGUAUCGUUCGAGAAGUCGUUCAUGUAGUCGAACAAAUACAUCUGGUGCAAGCCUUCAAAGGGACAAACCUGGCGGGAAAAGGAAGUACAAAACUCGCCACUUGGAGAGGCAAGAGAAAAGAGAAAGUAACAAGGAAGUGGCGGCUCUGCAAGGAAAUGCAAGGAACAACAAAGAUGAUCUGACUGAAACCUCUUCAAAUGAGCCAAAGCGAAGGAAGAAAACCCGCAGCCCUAGUGUUGAAAUAGUAUAUGAAGGAAAAGCCACGGAAGGCGCAAAGUACCACAGAAAGAAAAAGAAGAAGAAACACAAGAGGAAACAUAGACGCGAACAUUCUUCCAACUCUUCCGCUGCUUCCCCCAUUAUUAUUACAAUCGAUAGUGACAGUGAUAUGCCAACUGUAGAUGGAACCUCUUCCAGUAACAAAAAUGCUGCUAUGCCUGAUAAAAGUCAUGUAAAGGACUCUAUGCUGACUCCACCCAGCCAGUCACCAUCUACCUCUGCCACAGAAAACAUCACAGAGCCAGUCACUGAAGAACCUGCAGGUCCCUCAUCCAAAGACUAUGAUAUCUUUUCAAGCAAUGGACACUUGGAUGCUGCUACAGGCAUACUGGAUGGUUUACAUUUCGAUGAUAGCUCUGAUGAUACAGUUCUUCCGUCCACCAGUAGUCCUGCAGAAAUAGAGUCUUCACAUUGUGAGGAAGCAGCCAUGGCUGAAUCGCCUCUGCCAGACUCCAAGCCUGGAGAGAGUGCAACGUCCAUAGCACCUACUUUUGAAAUGGACUCCCAAGAAGAUCUUUCAGAAACCUCUCAAGAAAUCUUUGCAGAGACCAUCAGUGAUUUACUAGAAAGCUAAGUGUUCAGCGGAAACAUCCAGUUAACUUGUGCUGCUUAAAGCAAGUAUGGUCGAAGAGCCCCUGUGUGUGCGCAUCAAAGCAGGACAAACUACUUUAGAACUCCCAUAGACCUCAAAAGAAAAAAAAAAACAGAUCCGGCUAUUUCCAGGUAAAUUGGUUCCCCAUAUUUCUCCCACUCUGUAUAGACAAAUCAGCCACAACAUAUAAACCAACUUCCUAAUAUUGGGUAGUUCCCCUUAUGCCUUUGAAACAGUUCUGACCCAUUGAGGCUUGGACUCCAUGAGCCUCUGCAGAUGUCCUGUGAUGUUGUCAUGUAAGUUUGAGGUCAGUCCUCCACUGAUUAUACUGGGGUAUGGAUGGCAAAUACAUUUAUGUGAAUAGGCCUUACUUUGGGAAGGGUUAUCUAUCCUUCUGCACAUUAUGAUCUUUUCCCUCUAACCUAAACUGCUACACACUCCUAAGGCCAGGCGGCAGAAUGUCCGUGCGGAUUUCCGCAUAAAACUUCCCCACGGAUAUUCUGAUGCACACGGUGGAAAUUCCCAAGGCUGCAGAAAGAAUAGACAUGUCUAUUCUUUCUGUGGCGUCCGUGUGAAAAUGCAUUGGUGUCUAUGAGCGCAUUUCUGAGUGUUCCUAGCGCCGGCAUGUUCUGCCGACAUUCUGCGGACAGGGGGUAUGUCCGCACGGAAAGUUUUCCUUGCAGACAUUUGUCAGGAAAAAAAGUUUUACAACUUUUUUUAAUAUACUUUUCCCUUAGUUUCACAAUUAGCUUGCUAGUGGGUUUUCAACCUCUAGAUAUAAAAGUAUUUGACCCUGAAACAGGGAAGAUUUGAACCAUAAAUUUAUAUUACAAAAUUGCAUAAUUUCCCAUAAUGCAGCUGUUAAGCUUUAGUUACAUAAGACUACAGACUCUUGGUAGGAUCCCCAGUACAAUUUCAUAUGGGUGUGCGCGCAGCAACAUCAUAUUCAUGUAAAAAAGUAAAACUGCACCAGAGCAGAUGUGCCGCUACUUUUAAUCUUAAAGGGGUACUCCAGUGGAAAACUUUUUAUUUUUUUAUUUUUAUUUUUUUAA